AUGCGCAACGUUGGCUGUGCCAGCCGCGGGCUGUGUGCGUUGGUGCUUGUUGUUCUAUCUGUUUUGGUCAUGGGCACCGAGCGACCGUCCAUUACUGUGGAUUCCGAUGGAACCUUGUUAAUCAAUGCGACCAAUCGUGUCAUUGUAAACGGGGUGGAUGUCAUGGCGCACUCGACCGUCUUCAAGUUUCUCCUUCGCUCAAACCCGCAAAUGGUGACCCCUCAACGUGUCAUCUCAACGGAUGCAGAUGGCGCACAAGCAGUGUACGCAGCCGACCUGGAUAAUGAUGGACUCAUCGAUGUGCUCAGCGCCAGCUACCGCGAUAACAAAAUUGCGUGGUACCGCAACACCGGCAAUGGCAGCUUUUCUGACCAAAUUGUCAUUGGCAUUGCCGACAACUACGCGCGGUCAAUCCACGCUGCCGACUUUGACAAGGAUGGAUACGUGGACGUGCUCAUUGCUGCGGCCUACCAGGACAACAUUGCGUGGUAUCGCAACAAUGGCAAUGGUACUUUUUCCAAUCGACGCGUCAUCUCCACCUCUGCCAAUGGGGCGCGGCUAGUAUAUGCGGCUGAUCUCGACAAUGACGGCGACAUGGAUGUCCUCUGUGGCAGUGUUUACGACAACAAAGUUUCAUGGUACCGCAACAAUGGUGCCGGCGUCUUCUCCAACCAGCGCAUUAUUUCAAAUACCUUGAGGGAUGUACGCUCGGUAUACGCAGCCGACCUUGACAAGGAUGGUGACCUGGACGUCCUCAGCGCCAGCUCCCAAGAUGACAAGAUUGCAUGGCAUCGAAAUGACGGCACUGGCACUUUUAGCGCGCCGAUCAUCAUCAGCAACUCUGCAAUUGGAGCACGCUCGGUACAUGCAGCUGAUCUAGAUCAGGAUGGGCACGUUGACGUCUUGAGUGCUGCCGCAGCUGACAAUACGAUUGCCUGGUAUCGCAACAAUGGCGAUGCCACCUUCUCCGACCCGCGCAUCCUUUCGACCAACGCAAUGGGGGCGCGCGCGGUUUUUGCCGCUGAUCUGGAUCAAGACGGUUGGCUCGACGUCCUGAGUGCCAGCGAAGGGGACAAUAAGAUUGCCUGGCACCGUAACACGGGACAGGGCACUUUCUCAGCCCAGCUGAUUAUCAGUACGGCGGCACUCGAUGCGCACUCGGUGUUUGCUGCCGAUCUAAACCAGGACGGCAGUUUGGAUGUCCUGAGUGCCAGUCUCGGCGAUAACAAGGUGGCUUGGUAUCCCCUCGAUCCCCCACUACUCCGCGCUGUGGCUGAGACCAUGGCGUAACUGCUUAUCUACUUUACAUGUUAGACGCUGGCGGGCACAGCCGCUGUGGUCGCAUUGUGGCGACCGUGAACAUUGAACAUCGAGGCAUGAC